UGAAAAAGAAAUUUCUAUUUUUUAAAAUGUUUUUGCAUGUAAAAUUCUUAAGAUACAAAAAAGUUUAAGGUAAAUCUCUGAUAAAAAUUAGUAUUUGGUAAUCUAUUAAAAAUGGAAAUUAAAUAUUACCAAAAGAUCUUUAUAAUAUCGCGUAUAGUUCAAAUUCACGAAAAAAAAAAUGGAAAAAGAUAAACAGUAUCCAUUUUUGGCGCGAUAUUUAAAAAUUGUCCAAAAGAGGGAAUCCUAACUCUCAAAAUUGCAAAGCGGGAACUCAAAAACCUGCCGCAAUUUCCGACGAUGAGAGGCGCCGGACGCCGCCGUACGAACUCAGCAAUGCCGACGGAUCGGCGAUAUCCACAGCCAACUCCGACAGCGAAUGAUCCACGGCAAUUUCUCUCCACCGGCGGCCGUGAUUCCGACGCAAGCUUCGCCAGUAGCCGGCCUUCAUCUAUCGGUGUAAACUCCCGGUCCUCCGCUAUCCCUAUCUCCGAUCGAUCCUAUCAGAACUCUGCUAUGCGUACAAUCAAUGCUUACCUUUCCUCUCAGAAUGUCACUUUUACUCUCAAAGCACCUCUUCCUUCUGCCAGAGAUAUCACCGAAACGCUUAAAUUUAUCCUUUCUCGUUUUGAAUUUUCCCCACAUGAGUCGCAAAAACUCGAAGAUAAUCUGCAAACCUUAUUGAAAUCGCUAAAUUGCCCUGUGAAAUUGAACAAAUCUGCGUUACGUGCCCCUGGGACACCUCAUUCGUGGCCGAGUUUACUUGCAGCAAUUCACUGGCUUGUUCAGUUGUGUAAAUUUGAUGAUCACCGGUUGCGUUCCGGUCAGCCACUUGCUUCGGAGAAUAAGGAAUUGAGCUAUACUAUAGAGAGUUAUUUGCAUUAUGUUAGGGGAGAAGAUGAUCAAGAGGAGGAACUGGAUCGUCGAUCUAAGCAGGAGGUGGAACAAAGGAGGACGUGGUUGAUUGAGAACAUGAAUGUCUUGGAAGGGAAUGUGAAAGCUCAAGAGGCAAAGUUGGAAGCGAUGAAGACAGGGCCAUCAAAGAGUGAGGUGUUGGAGAAUGAGAAGUGUGCGUUGGAGGAAGAUGUGAAGAAGUUCCGUGCCAUCAUUGAACAGUUAGAAAGGCGCAUGAUUGCAAUGGAGAAGUUGUUGGAGGAGAAGGAGAAAGGAUUGGAGACUAAGGUAGCAGAGAAUGAUACGAUUUGUGCAGAGAACACGGAGUUGAGGAAGAGGGUGGAGGAACAAGGGAUUAAUGCCAGGGAUGCAGAGAGGAUGAAAAGGGAGAUCCAGGCUUUGGAAAGGGACAUCGGGGAUAAUGAGAACCAGAGGAAUGAAUGGGAGGAGAAGGCGUGGGACCUCGACUCUACAGCUAGGAAUGAGUACAAGAAGCUGGAGGAGCGAAUGCUUGAGUGCAACCAAUCUUUAAGGAGGUUAAAGCUAGGAAAUGAAUUUCAGUAUCAAUUGAAUGCCCAAGGAUUCUCACCAGCGAAGGUCUUAGGUAUAGAUUACAAAGCAACCUUGAAGCCCAUGCUUGCGUCUUUUGAAGACGAGAUGAAGAAGAGUGCCAUGGGGAAAUUGGAAGAGUUGAUAUCUCUCCAGCAACAGACAGCUGAGAAGGUUUCUAAAGUAGAGUCAAAGAAGAAACAUUUAGCAGCUCUUCAGGCUCAAAUUGAUAAUUUGGAAGCUCAGUUGGACUUGAUAAAGAAGGAAAGACAGGACUUCACAUCUAGCUGUGCAACAGAAGCCAGAAGUAUAGUUGAGGAAGUUGAAACAGAGACUCGGAAGUUGGAUCAGGUUGAAAAAGAGGCAGCGGACUUUCUGAAGGCAUCAAACUCCAAACUGCAGGAAACUGUAGCACAGACUGAAGAAGAGGUGCAAAUGUGUGCUCGUGAGCUCUUUGCCGUUGUUGAUAGAGAUUCAAAAUACAAAGAGCAUAUCCCAUCAAAUAUUGCCACGAUGAAGAAUGAUCUCACAGAAACUACCAGGGCUACAGCAGAUAUGCAUAAAGCGGGUUUGCUUGGAUGUGAUGAAAGCCGCUGACAUUAAAGUCCAUAAUAAUAAUUAGGGUAGUCAUAGUUAUCAUAUGUUUUUUAGUUUUACUAGUCGUACAGCUCACUUUUGAAAAGGUAAGAAUACCUCACAAUUCGUUGUGCACAUAGCUUUCUCCUCUACUGAAGAAUUAUGUGGUCUCAGGAGGAAAUAUGCCAAGUCUUUGUCCACAGUUUAAAUUGAAUAUUUUAAGGUUGUUAGAUUAUCAGCGCACUUAUUGCUCGUGAA